AUGAUUAGCGAAGUGUAUUAUCCGCAACGAUGUAAUCUUGAUGAGCCGAAACAAAAUGAUUGGACAACACAACAGCCAUAUCCUGGUGAGUUUUUUUCAUUGUUAAAAUAUUAUUUGAUGUUUAUUGUUAAAAAAUGAUUGAAAAAAUCAAAUAUAUUUGCAGAUCCAGCGACAUAUUCACCAAACUUUUAUAUGGAUCAGUCGGCGCCUCGAUAUUUUCCAGGACAAACAGAUGCUUUUGGAUAUGCAAGGUUAGUUUAGUUAUUAUUUUUUAAUUAGAACUUCAGAGGGGCUUUUUAGAAAAUGUAAUUUUCUGAUAGUUUUUUUUUCAAAAGUGUUUUUGUUUGAUUCGAGUUGCUGAACUAAUAUAGAUCUGCAGAAAUUUAAACCGGAAUUCGAAUUCAAAAAAAGCUAUUAAAGUUAUGAAUCUAGUCGUUUUUUCCGAAAACGUGAUGCAUUUUUUCAAUUUUUCAGUUAUCUUUUUUAGUUUCAAAAUUAAAAAUCCAUUUUUUUGCAACGUUUUAGUACCCCUACUAAAAUCUGACUAUUUUUUCACCAAAUGGUGCAACAUUAUUUGGGUGUCACAUUUUGGUGUCAUUCUCAUCAGAUCAAAUAGUCACUUAUUUUUUCCAAUAUUCAAUUUAUUCUCCUCAAUCCUUGAAAAAUUGACCAACUACAGUACUCCCUAUUCAAAUAAUAUAAAUAAUUUUCCAGACCGAAUGCAUCGAAUUUUUAUAACAAUUUUCCAACAAGCAAAGCAUCGCCCUCUUCGUUAUUAUUUUGCAAAUGGGUGGAGGUAAGAAUUUUAUAUUUUUUUCAGAAAACUGAAAACAAAUCUUUCAUUUUUUGUAGAAUGGCGAAGAAUGCGGAAUGAUGUUCGAUUCGCCGCAAGCAAUCUCCUCACAUUUGAGUGAUUUUCACAUUCCUCGAGGCGAUCAAAACAAUCAUGUUUGUCGAUGGAAAAGUUGUAACAGAAAUGGUAAAAUAUUCAAGGUGAGUGAGUUAGAAAAAAACAAAUGUAUUAAAAAAUAUAUAAUAGAGAUUGAGACAAUUGUCAUUAUUACGCAACAAUUUCUUUUUAAUUGCUCCUUGUUUUUUUGUACAUAAAUUGUUGAGCUUGACUGGCUCCAUCCUCCAAUUAAUCCCUUGCGCGAUAUAUUCACACCUUUGCGUAAUUUUUUUUUAGAAUAUAUGUACAUUUUUUAUUCAAAAAAUCAGAAAAGUCAAAUUUUCAAUUCACAAAUUUUUUCAGGCCAAAUACAAAUUGGUGAAUCAUGCGCGUGUGCAUACUGGAGAACGACCAUUCACUUGUCCAAUCGAGCAUUGUAGAAAAGAGUUUGCCAGAUCCGAGAAUCUCAAAAUCCACGUCAGAACGCAUACUGGUAAGUUUCAAAAAUUUCUCAAAUUUCGUUACACCAUCAUUUUUAUAACACUCAUAUAAGGUGUCAAGUACGCGCCAGGUGAAAUAAUUUUUAUCCAACAUAUAUCUGCUGCUCAAGACACUUGACUAUUCCCAAAAUCAAGUGAUCCUCCUCAACAUAUAUUUUAUAUAUAUAUCCAGAAUUUUUAUUAGAAUAUCAAUGACCAGAUGAAGUCAUAAAUUAAUAUUAGUUUUUAUGACCAACCUCUUUUGUUAACCAAAUCACUUUUUGUUCGAACCAACUACAAAAAAAAGAGGAGAGGUGAGAGAAUAUAAAAAGUCAUCACCCUCUUGAGAAUACUGUGUUUACAAAAAGCCAAAUGAUAAUUAGGCAUCAAAACAAGCCGUGGAUGUGCUUGAAAUGAUUGCAUAAUAUUGUUGUUGUACAAGAUUAUGCUUGCGUUUUCAAAGAUUUUGUUUUUGAACAACACCGACUACCGUAAUCAACACAUUUACAUAAACAUCUGCAUACAUACCAACAUAGGAAAAAAACGUUUUUCAUUUGGUCAUAAUGAGUUGACACAUUUUUUUCUAUUUGAAUUAAAUAAAUCAGAAAUCAUCUGCUUUUUUAUGUUGGUAUAUGUAUUAGUUAUUCAAAAAACACUAAUGAGAUAUUUUUCGAUCUGGAUUUGAAUUUUCAUGUCUCAUUCCUUGUGAAUAAUAUGCACUUUGAGAUAUUUUUUGUAUUGUGCACUUUGCUAUAAAUUAUGGAAUAUUACGAAGAAUACAAUUAUUUUCCAGGUGAAAAACCGUUUCAAUGUCUACAUGAGGGAUGCAGCAAAUUCUUUGCCAAUUCAUCAGAUCGUAAAAAGCAUAUGCAUGUUCAUUCAACACAAAAACCAUAUCGAUGCAGAUAUCCACACUGUGAUAAAACUUAUACACAUCCAAGUUCUCUUCGUAAACAUUUGAAGGUAAGUUGCCAAAAAGAAAACGAUUAGCGAGGAUUAGCACCUCCAAUUUCUUGUCAAUUAUUGAUUUUAUCUAGAUUACUGUAGUUGAGAAGACCAACUAGUUUAGUAAGAUUUUACAAAAAAGAGAAGACAAAGAUGCGAUUUGAGAGGCACACCUCUGAAUUUGCAUCACAUCAACUAAAGAAAAAAUGGGUUGAAAAAGUGAAAAGAAUUAAGAUGAUAUUUCAUGAAUAUUAGAGACAUUUUGGAGGGAUUAGUGUGUGGAUUUUGAUUUCGAUUUCACGGGGAAUGAAUUUAUAAUGAAACAGUUCGAGAUGAAUGGGAUUUUUUGGCGGGAAUUGAAUAUAUUAUUUUCGUUUUCCUGGGAAACUUUAUUUCGAAUUUUGUAAAUUUCACGAGGGGGAUUCGACUCCUGAUAAAAUUAAAAUUUAAUUUUUCUGACAUCGUUAUAAUUUUCUAGACUGAUAGCUGUACGCUCACAUGGAUAUCAAAUUAUAAUAUCAAAAAAUAUUUAAAAUGUUAUCAACAUCUCAAACAACUCUUUUCAGGCUCACGAGAAAGACGAAAACUGCAAAACCCCUGAACACGACGAGAGCAGCGACUCGGGCCACGCAUCUGUUGGAUCACCGCCAACUGAUGAAAGUGCAUUCUCCCCAGAAGUUAUCAAAAAUAUCGAUUACGAGCAAAAAUGCAUCAUUCAACCGACACCAAUGCAAUCCGCCUUCCACAAUAUUCAACCACCAGAGCUUCAAAAUUUCUAUCCAACACAUCCACAAGUUCACCCACAAAUGUAUCCAAUGUUAGGCCAAAUUGACUUCUUCUCUGGGUAUCCACAUUAA